UGCUUCAUAUAUUGCUUAUUCAUUCAGAUUCGAUUUGUGAUUGUGUGUGAUGAGUGACCAUUAAGUUUUUUCAUCAAUAUUUGUACCAUAAUCAUGUCUUCAGAUGAACAAUUAGAAACAUCAAAAGAUUCAUCUUCGAACAAUAAUUCCAAUGAUGAUCUAGUCAUUUCAACAAAAUGUUAUCUAAAAAUUUUAAUGCAUGCAUUUCGUUAUCCGCAUGGUUCUGUCAAUGGAUUGUUAGUGAUGGAAAAGAAAAAAAAAUCCUCCGGUAAAUCAAAUCGUAUUGUUGAUUGCAUUCCUUUAUUUCAUUCGGGACAUGGUUUAACACCAAUGAUGGAAGUUGCUUUGAAUCAAGUAUCGAAUUAUCUACAGAAUAAUACCAAUUAUAUUAUUGGUGGAUAUUAUCAGGCAAAUGAUCAUUUCCAUGAAAUUCCAGCACCAAUUCCAACUGUAUUUGCUGAACGUAUUUCGGAUAAAAUUAAUGAAAUCAAUCCAGAAUCAGUAAUGAUCAUGUUGAAUGAUUAUAAUCUUGCUACAUCGAUUGAUAAUGCUGAAAAACUUGAUCAACCAUUGUUUUUGUACAAUUAUGUUGAUGGUAAAUUGAAACUUAAAUCAUCAUCAUCAUCAUUGAAUGUUCGUGGAUUUCAAUUGGAAAAUUUUCAAAUACUUUAUCAAGCUAUCAAAGAAUUAAUAUUCCAAAAACAAUAUCAUUUAAAUAUUGUUGAUUUUGAUUUACAUCUUGAAAAUUGUAAACAUGAUUGGCGUAAUAUUAAAUUGAAUGAAAUUAUUGACAAAUUUGAAAUUUGAAUUUUGAAAAAAUUAAAAGGGAAUUUGUAUUU